CCUCCGCCUCCGCCUCCGCCGCCAUCAGAGUUAGAUCCAGACCCGAUCCUUUCUUGGUCGUUUGCCGAUGCUUCAGCAUCGUAACCUCUGCGGCUGCGAUUCUCUGCAUCUCUGUCAACAUUCUCUCUGCCAUUCGUUCCUUCAAAGAUGGAUCUGAUAUAUUUGAUGGCAUAUUUCGGUGCUAUGCGGUUGUGAUUGCAAUGUUCGUGGUCGUUGCCGAGACAGAAUGGGGAUUCGUCAUCAAGUUCUGGAAGGUGUUGGAGUAUUGGGCUGCUAGGGGUAUGCUGCAGAUCUUUGUUGCGGUGAUGACAAGAGCUUACCCUGAGGACUCUGGGGAACGGAAGGAGCUCAUUUUUUUACAAAACAUAGCAAGCUACAUGCUUCUUGCUUGUGGUGCUGUUUAUCUUAUCUCGGGAAUUUUAUGCAUUGGCCUUAUCAAACGUCAGCGCCAAAAGAAAGAAGUUUCAAGAGAUCAAGCUGUUAAGGAUCUGCAGGAAUUGGAGCAGCGUAGAGAGGAACUUGAAGCAUUGUUGAUUGAAGAAAGGGGUUAAGAAUUGGGACUAGGAUCCAACACCAUCCCAGUGUUCAAGCUUGAACUAGAAGAUGGAAGCUAGAAAAGUGAGUUUUUCGUCUUGAUCAUGAAUUUCAUGUUUGUAUACUUGUUCUAAUAGUGUGUUGUUUUCAUCAGAUAGAAACCUUACUAGGGUCAAUUCUUUGUAAGAAUUAUGUAGAUUUGUGAAAAAAACUAGCACUCAUUUGAUUCUUUUUCCUUGUACACACAUUUACAAAGAGCAAUACAUGUUCAAAGACAAGCAUCACAUGCUCCUCACAAAUUUUGUUAAAA